AUGCCCAAGGCCAUCUACAACAAGCUAAACUUCACUCAUCUCACAUCAACACCAACUGGCCAAUUCCUCAGUUCGCUAUCGAGAAGGGAAGCAGAGGACAUUCGGGUAAAGGUUCGGGACUACUUCAUCCCUGUCAACUUCGUGGAGCUCGACAUGGAUAUAUCCAAGGAAACCCCGCUCAUCCUAGGGCGGCCAUUACUGAGCACUGCUAGAGCAACGAUCAAUGUAGGAGCUAGAGAGAUCUGCUUCAACAUCAACGGCAAGGAAGAAAUGUUCCCUUUUCAUCCGAAGACGGAGCAAUGCUCCAUGAUCAAAAUCAAAUAUGGGCCAAAUCCACAAGGCAUUAAGGAGGUCGAAUUGACGCUACAUAAGAUGGAUAGCCUCAUCACCUUCAUGAAGGCACUCAUAAAAGAAGACCAAGAAAGAAUGGAUAAGAGGUCCGGGGAGUGGAAAGCCCAGAGACACAAACCAAAGAAGCAACAAACCCCGAAGUCCGCAUAG